UCCCAUAAAAAGAGCUUACUAAGGAAUCCAGCAAUGUUCUUGUAUAAGGAACCUACUGCAUACUGUCCAGAGGAGUCUUCACAGGACUUAAGCACAGCACAAAAGAGAAGAAUCAGGCGCAAGCGGCUCCACGCAGCCCGCACCACUAAUCCUAUCACCACCCAUCAAACCAUCAAUAUUAUUGACAGCAUCCGAAGAGAUAUCUCCUUCUUACAAGCCACAAACAGCUCCCUUGUACUAGAAAUAGACUCCUUACCAAUCAAGUCUAAAUGCAAAAGUUAUGAUAUAGAAAAACUUAUAACACCCAAAGAAGUUAAAGAAUCAAAAAUGUCUUCUACAGAGAAAUCUAGAGAGGAAGUUAAAGCCGCCAGAGAGGCUAAGAAAUUAGCAAAACAGAAGAAGAAAGAACCAGAAGGAAAGGUUGCUAAAGAUUUAGCAGGCACAGCAAAAAAUGUUAAAGUAUGUCCUGUCAAAGGCAAAGAUGAGGUUGACAAGGCUCUCAUUGAUGCAGAGAGACCUAUAGUUAGAGAAAGAAAUCUAGCAGCGAACGAAGAAAUCAAGGCUAAAGUAGAUAUAGUUCCUAAACCUGUUGAAAAAGCAGAUAAAAUAGAAAGUGCUGCUACAUCCGCAGAUGAUAAGGCUAAAGAUCAAAUCAAAGCUGAAAGAGCAGGAAAGAAAGCAGCUAAGCAAGCUAAGAAGAAGGGAUCAGAAGAUGCUCAUAAAGGAGAUGGGGAGAUGACUGUUAAAGAUGUUGUCAACACAUUGAAGGAUAUAGCCAUUGUAGCUAAAGAAGUGCAAGAUGUCACUGCUAAGGUGCAGGCAAUUCAAUUGGAUGGCAAAAAGUCGGAAGAAUCAGGCAAGAGUAAAGCAGAGCUGAAGGCCGAACGGCGAGCCAAGCAGGAGGCUCAACGAGCAGCAAAGCAGGCUACCACUGCUGCCAAGCCUGCAACCAAGCCCGCUGACAAGCCUAAAGAGACUACCGCACCUGCCCAAUCUGCUGUUGACAAGGAGAAAUCUCCCAAACCGAAGACAUUAGAGAAAGUGAAGCCGAAACCGCAAGUGGCGCCGCGAGUGAGCUGGUUCCAGCACCUCAGCGUGGACUCCGACAAGCAGCAGACAAUCCCCAUCAACUCAAACCUGCACCCCGCGGUCAUCAAGUUGGGCGUGCAGUUGUCGUCGCGAGUGGUGUCCGGGUCCAACGCCAGGUGCAUAGCGUUGCUCGAUGCUUUGAAGAAGAUGGUAUCAGACUACACCCUUCCAGCGCGCACGGAAUACGCGCGAGGCCUCGAGACGCACUUAAAAGAGAGUCUGACUUACCUCUGGGGCAUGCGACAACCCACCGCGUCGCAAGUGAACGCCGUCAAGUUCUUCAGGCACCAUCUGACGCAGCUGCCGCAUAAUGUGGACGAGUUUGACGCCAAGAAAAUUCUACAUGAAGAAAUAGACCGAUACAUCCGCGAACAAAUUGACAUGGCGGGCGAGGCCAUCAGCAUCGCAGUACGCAAUAAGAUCUCGCACGGGGACAAGAUACUCACCUACGGAUGUUCAUCCCUAAUAGAGCGCAUCUUCCGCGAAGCGUGGAUCGCUGGCGUCAAGUUCGAAGUCGUGGUUGUCGGCAACAGAAUACACCCCCAUGGCAGAGAGAUGCUGCGAAGAUUGGUCAAAUAUGGAGUACCUUGCACGUAUCUGGAUAUCACUGCUGCCAGUUAUAUUAUGCAGAAGAUAAGCAAGGUCCUGUUCGGGGCGCAGGCGCUGCUGGCGGACGGGUCGGUGCGCGGCGCGCUGGGCACGGCGCAGCUGGCGCUGCUGGCGCGCGCGCGCAACGUGCCGGUGCUGGUGGCCGCCGAGACGCACAAGGUGUCCGCCCGCGUGCAGGCCGCGCCCGCCGACCACAACGAGCUGGGUGACCCCGACGACCUGAUAGAUAAGUCCGACCCCGACUCGCCCCUGAAGGACUGGCGCAACAGCCCGAACCUGACGCCGCUGAACCUCAUGUAUGACGUCACGCCGCCCAGCCUGGUCACCGCCGUGGUCACGGAGCUGGCCAUCCUGCCUUGUACUAGCGCCCCUGUUGUGCUCAGGUUCAAGUUGUCCGAGUACGGUAUAGUGGCCGAGUAA